CAACAACAGCAUUCGACAUGGCUCGUACCAAGCAAACAGCCCGUAAAUCAACUGGAGGCAAGGCUCCACGUAAACAACUUGCCACCAAGGCAGCUCGUAAGAGUGCACCAGCAACUGGUGGUGUCAAGAAGCCACAUCGUUAUCGUCCAGGAACAGUAGCACUCCGUGAAAUCCGUCGUUAUCAAAAAAGUACUGAGCUUUUGAUCCGCAAGUUGCCAUUCCAGCGUCUUGUUCGUGAAAUUGCUCAGGACUUCAAGACCGACUUGAGAUUCCAGUCAUCAGCUGUUAUGGCACUCCAGGAAGCCAGUGAAGCCUACCUCGUUGGUCUCUUUGAAGACACCAACUUGUGUGCAAUUCACGCCAAGCGUGUCACCAUCAUGCCAAAGGACAUUCAAUUGGCACGUCGUAUCCGAGGAGAACGUGCUUAGAGCAUCAUAUCAACACCAACCAAAACAAUCGGCCCUUUUCAGGGCCAUAAAAUUAAUCAAACUAGAAAAUAUUUAUUCAAUUUCAA